UAUAUAUUAUCUUUCGCAUGUCGAGGACGUUUAAACACAUGUGACAGUUUAACUAUUCUUUUUAUAAAGCUUAUACAGUAUAAUACAAAUGUUGAUUCAAUUCACUUUUAUUUCUAUCACAUUUUACAACAAUUUCACAUGUGUGACUGUAUAGUGCCUAGUUCUGUUAGAUGUAGCCAUGAACUAGUCAUCUGCAUGUGACUAUUCAGCAACAUUGGAAUGCUCUGUAACAGGUGAAUGGAACCGGCGUCCCGGAGAACGGUUUUAUCUUAAUGACGGAUGAGUUUUCCUUUACUAUGUCCUUGUCUUACGCCACUAAACUUUGAGGUGGACAAAUGGAAUUUCGGUAAGAAUAUGACUCUCAUUUUACAUUCACUACUGAAUGAUAUCAUCGAAGAAACACAUGAAUCCAAAGUAUUGUUAUACCAGCCUUCGGAAGGUGCUAAAUCUCAACGACAACAUAACAUCGACUUCGUUCAAGAAUUAUCCACUGAAGACAUCGCAACCAUUGCUCGCAGCAGCAACAUUAAAGCGAAACAACUCACAGCUGGUGGUAUCCGAUAUCGACAGAGGAGGAGGACGGAAGACAAUAAACGUCAAUCUCCAAGCAUCAAGGGAUAUAUGACAAGUAAAUUGACGAAAGACACAGCACACUUGAACAACAAACUAGGCGUUCAGAAGGAACCCUAUGUAGACCUCAAAGUGAAAGUUAUAUUUCUCGGAGCAAGUGGUGUUGGAAAAACCAGAACGUUCGAAACCUUUGAAAUAGUCAACAAAGAAAAGUGUCAUUCAAAACAUGUGAAACAAUAUCAUUCUAAUCAUAUGCAAAAAACUUCAAAUUUAAAACUGCCAAGGAAAGCAACGUAUGAUUCGGUCGUUAAGCGAACCAGUGGGACGGUGAAAAUGAUUGUCUGUGACACCGCAGGUCAAGAAAGGUACCGGAGUCUAACGUCCUCCUACUACAGAGGAACGCACGGCUGUCUCAUCCUCUUUGACGUCAGAAAAGGACACACCUUCGACAGCGUCCAAUCCUGGUAUAAUGAUCUGGAAGCUUACUGUACAUCACCGGAAAUGAUCUCAACUAUUCUAGUCGGAAACAAUUGUGAUGCAGAAGACCGAGAGGUGCCGAAGGAAAAGGCCGUAAAACUGGCGGAACACAUCGGAAUACCAUACAUGGAAAUACGUAGUGACAACACCCAAACGGUGAAUGACGUUUUCGAAGCGCUUGCGGAUAUGAUAAUUGACACGUACAAGGUCCACCCCUCUCUGGAUACAAUUUCUACCUCGACACGGCUCCCAAAACCAUCGCAUAAACAUCGCACUUGGUGCUCGUGCUGACAGACUUUGGUGUUAGGUGUGCUACUGACUCCGUUAAAGCUACGUCAGACAAACAGCAUGUCAGCAAUAAGUGUUUAAAACUUGAAGUAAAUAAUAACAUGCACAUGUACUGAAUUACCUACACUGUGGACUAUAUUCUAUAAUGGUGCCUCAUAUGCAACUUUAUAUUUCGGUGGAGAGAGAACAUAUUUGUUCUGACAUUGUCUUUCAUAUAUCAGACAUUCCUGCUUCUCCAGGAAUGCAGAAAUCUCAUUUGACCAUAACGGUUGUUGCAGUUAUGCACAUUUAAUAUAUUUAUAUCGAAUGUUGUUACUUACAUGUACGCUUACAAUUCAAAACUUCCAGAGACAAAUGUCAUCCAUGUAUGCAUUAUUAAUGCAAUGACGUCAUGCCAUCAUGACAACAUGUAAAUUGCACGUUGUUUUAACUUGGAAACAGUGAAGCGGUCAGUUGUUACUACAUAUUUUCUAAAUCCCGAAUUAGCAUGAUGGAGAUGAAAUACAUGACACAUUUUUUAGAAAUAUAUUUUGUUUAUGUUAUGUAUGAUAUCAAAUGUAUAUUGAACGCAAUAUUGUUUUAAGAAAAACCAUAGAGACACCUUACAAUUGUGCGUUGAUCUAUGACCUAAGCAACAUGAAUUUAUAAAAAAUCAAAUUAUCUUUAAUUGAUAGUCGUUAUAAUUAACAUCACGUUAGGUCUUAUACUGAUGGUAUGUACAAGUUCAAAGAAACAGUUAACUAUCUAGUUCACGUCAAUCACAUUUCCAUAUCAAAUCGGGACCUUCGUACAAAUUGCUGGAAAUAUACAUAUUGAUCACCUAUUAAAUAAGCCAAAGAAACAGAAAAUGAAGCAGUCAGAGACUACCACAAACCCCCACAGAUAACACCAGUAAUGAUCGAAUCAUCUGUUUAUUUAUUACCUAUAUUUAUUUCACUACAUCAUCACUAUUUCGCAGACGUAAUAAAUUACUUGCUUUAUAAGAAAUUUAAUAUGUUGUUGUUAUUUUCGAAGAUGCUCAUUUCUGUUAUCAAAGACAAUCUGCAAACAUAACAUCAGGUAAAUUUGGUAUGUCUGAGGAGUUUAACACAGUAACGAUUAUAAUAUUAUGACCAUAAUUGUCCAAAAUUACACUUCGCAUUGCUGUCCAAUGAAAGGGUUUGGAUUUGGAUUUAUCUGAGGAUAUCAUAAUUGUUAAGAUAUUUAGUGAGAAUACAAAAGUGAAAACAAAACCGAAAGAAUUGG